CGAGCGUCGUGUGUCGAACCGUUUCGUUUUUUUGAAAAGUCCACAAUCAAAUACGCACAGCUACGCGAUUUUUAGCGCUAAAGGGUUAUGUCACAUUUAAAUUUAGAAGCGAAUGAGGUUUAAUUUUAGAUGAACUUGGUUGGUGUUAUUGUUUUUAAGCAGUGAUCUGGUGGUGUGUGGAUGUUCUAGUGAUUUAUUGGUUUAACCCUACCGGAUUACAACCUACGAAUUGGUCUUGAAACUUCUUCUUUGCGUGCAUGAUGACAGUAAAAUAACUCAGCUUGUCUCGUCUCCAUUGGACAGCUGCACCAACAAAGCAGCUAAACUAAAAGAGAAUGUUGUCGGCGGGGCUUGGUUACGGGGUCCCUGUGACGAACACCGUCACCGGCACCACGCCCCCAUACAGCCCUCCGCCCCCGGCCAGACACAGUCCCCUGCCGAGCUUCGGAUUCACGCAGGAACAAGUCGCGUGCGUUUGCGAGGUUCUUCAGCAAGCUGGAAACGUGGAACGACUGGGCAGAUUUUUAUGGUCGCUGCCUGCUUGUGAUAAACUACACAAUAACGAGUCAGUACUCAAAGCUAAAGCAAUAGUCGCCUUUCACAGGGGCAAUUUUAAGGAACUGUACAGGAUACUGGAAAGUCACCAGUUCAGUCCGCACAACCACGCCAAGCUACAAGCACUAUGGCUCAAAGCACACUAUAUUGAAGCUGAAAGGCUGAGAGGUAGACCCUUGGGAGCAGUGGGCAAAUACAGGGUACGGCGGAAAUUUCCUUUGCCCCGUACCAUAUGGGACGGCGAAGAGACUAGUUACUGCUUUAAGGAGAAAUCGCGAAGCGUUUUGAGAGACUGGUACCAGCACAACCCCUAUCCGAGUCCUAGGGAAAAAAGGGAACUAGCCGAAGCGACCGGUCUCACAACGACGCAAGUAUCAAAUUGGUUCAAAAAUCGACGACAGAGGGAUCGAGCUGCCGAACACAAAGAUGGUGGUCAGCCCAAUUCCGACAAACCCCACUUGUCCAGUGGUUCGGACAGCGAGUCAGAGGGUCCCAAGAUGCCGCCAUACGCCACAUCCGGUAUGUUAGGGCCGCCCCAGGUGAACACAUACUCAACCCUGGGUGGACCGGGGCUUCCCCAGCCGCUAUACCAGGGAACCGGGGGCAUUUUGCACGACUAUCAAACAUUGUGACAGUGGUUGGCAAUCCCUCAAGACGCCGCGAACAAUUUGUAAAGUUCUUCUAUAGUGAUAUUUGAGUCUGAGUGAUUAUUUUUGGAUUUUCCAGAAUAAGGAAAACUAAAAAAAUCCUCAUGUUGUUAAAUCAAUACAUCCAACGAUUGUGUUGGUUACAUUUGAUGUACUUAAUCUCUGUAAUAUUUUUGUUGAAUUAUCAAUGUAUUGUAAAUAUGUUAUAUUUUAUUUUGAAGCGAAACUUACUUAAAAAAUCGGGAAAACAAAACCCAAAACUGUAAAUAGUAAUACUAUAUUUAUUUAAAUUUAAAUGUCUGUUUAUUUUUAAAUGCUUUGUUUUUAUUACAAUUUUAAAGAUGUAAAUAUGUAUGUAAAGCCC